AUGGGUCCCCUUCUCGAGGUCCACGACCUUACUCUGCGUCGUGACGACGGCACUGGCUCUGCGAUUCUUAACGACUUCAACCUGCAGGUGGAGGACGGCGAGGUUGUGAUUUUGAAGGGACCGAGUGGAUGCGGCAAGACCACUCUGCUCAAGUGCAUUGCUGAGUUGAACGUGUACCAGCAAGGCGAGAUCCUCCUCGAGGGCAAAAAGUCGACAUCCUACGGCAUCCCCAACUACAGGACGCUCGUGCAGUAUGUGCCUCAACGCCCGUCGCUGCUCCCCGGCACGCCGUUGCAGUUCCUGGAGCGUCUCCAGAGCUUUGCGUCGCGCAAGGUCCGCGCGGCUGAGCUGGACGGGAAAGUGAACAAGGGCCCGACGCCAUUCGAGCUGGCCGACGAGUGGGAUAUCGACCGCGUACUCUGGACGCGCGACUGGGGCACCCUCUCGGGCGGCGAGAGCCAGCGUAUUGCCAUGGCCGUCGCGGUCGGCAUGGGCGGCGCCGAGGUCCUCCUCCUUGACGAACCCACUUCCGCCCUCGACGAGGUAUCCACCAAGAAGGUCGAGCGCACCCUUCUCUCCAUGCUUCCUCCCGCACCCCGAGGUGCAUCCGCUGGCUCGGACAUCCCUCGUCGCGGUAACGGACCCAAGGCUCUCAUCUGGAUCACCCACUCGCCCGAGCAGUCUGAGCGUGUGGGCACGCGCGUUGUCGACUUUAGCCACCUGUAG